AUGAAAAGCAUCAGAGAUGUGACACCGUUCAAGUUAUUAAACGAAACUAUUAAGACAUUAAUAUCAGCUUUGGUCGACUCAGAAAAAGAAACUGAGUCGUACAUCUCAUUUUUGACAACAAAAAAUAUCACAGACACGGAAGGGAAAACACUAGAGGAAAGCAUUUCUCACAUUGAAAGCAUUCUUUCAAGUGUUGACGAGAUAGUCACUCGUCGAAAUAAAGUGAUCGAACAGAACAAGCUUGCACUAACUUUAUUGACAACUACUCAAGAGAGUAUAACUCAUAUGAUCGACUCGUGUUCAAACACAGAGAUUUCGACGGUCGAAGGCACAAACGAACUGAUUAAGAUGCUUAUCGACAAAGAGUCGGAGAAGUUGGAUCGCGACAUUAAACCGCUACAACAAGCUAUCACACAACGAACAGAAGCAUUUGACGCGCGUCGUCGUGCUCUCCAAGCACGAAUGAAAUUUUUAGUAGUUGGGGACAGUGAGGUUGAAAAUCGGCUUGAAGACUUUGUGACGGCAUACGACAUGAAACAGCUUGAAAGUUGGACUGAGAAAAAGAUAGGAGGGAUCAUCUUUGAUAGUGCUGUUGAUGACUGGGGGAAGCGGAGUAGUGUCUUCUGUCAGCGAGUUGUUGGGAAGAAAGAUGUAGUGAUAGUUGUGAAAGACAGUGACAACAAUGUGUUUGGUGGGUAUGUGAAAUCGGAGAUAGAUGGUUUCAAUAAGAGUAUAGUAGAUUCGAAGUCCUUUUUGUUCUCGUUGGAGUCACUUGGAAGACUCCCCAAGCAGAUGCGGUUUGCCAUUCGCUCCGACAAAGCAAUGAAAGCCUUUUUAUGUUUUGAUCAAAACAGUGAUGAGCUCUUUGCGUUUGGAGUUGAUGGGUUCGACAUUGGGAUCAAGAAGAAUGGGAAUGGUGAAAGUUAUUGUUUCCAAUAUAUGUUUGAUUAUGGUGGGCUGAAGAAUGCUUUGUGUGGACGACAGCACCCCGGGACAUUUCAGCCCACUCGAAUCGUAUGUUUGCAAAUGGUAUGA